AGCAAAGGGAGCUCCUGAGAUGCCUUAGACGUGCCUGAAAUGCCUCCUGCCACAGGGCAGGCGCCAGCCCGGGUGCAGGGCGAGCCAGAAAUCCGAAAAUCAAAGUCGACCGCUUCUUUCCGGGUCUUUCCUUUCUCCUACACCUCUGUGCCUCUGCUCUCCUCGCUUGGUCCUGCUCUUUUCCCAGUUCCUGGUAGCACUUCCUUCCCUUGGGGCUGGCCUGGAAUGCUGCUGGGAUGUCGUUCAGUGGUGGGAUGCUGCUUCAGGGUGGGAUUCUGCUCCAUGGCGGGAUGCUGCUCCACCAUGGAAUGCUGCUCCUUGGUGGGAUACAGCCCCAUGGGGGAAUGCUACUCCAAAACGGGAUGCUGCUCCUCCAUGGAAAACUGCUCCGUGGUGGGAUGCUGCUCCUCCAUGGGAUGCUGCUCCUCCAUGGGAUGCUGCUCCUCCAUGGGAUGCUGCUUCAUGGUGGGACACUACUCCAAAAUGGGAUGCUGCUCCAUGGUAGGAUUCUGCUCCGUGGUGGAAUGCUGCUUCUUCAUGGAAUGCUACUCCUCCAUGGAAUGCUGCUCCAUGGUGGGAUACAGCCUCAUGGUGGGUUGCUGCUCCUCCAUGGAAUGCUGCUCUGUGCCGGGAUACACCCCCAUGGUGGGAUGCUGCUCCUCCAUGGGAUGCUGCUCCUCCAUGGGAUGCUGUCCCACCAUGGGAUGCUGCUCUACUUUGGGAUGUUCCUGCCCCUUCCUGCCCCCACCUCCCCUCCCAUUCCUGCUGCCCCCUCCCCACGUUGGGAAGGGCCAGGGGAGCAGCCCUGGGAGCCGUGGGGCCGCCCCUUCCCGGAGGUGCCUGAUUCCCUGUUUACACACGGCCUGGGCUCUGUUCCAGGCUGGGCAGUUAUUCCCAGGUCUGCUUCAUCUGCUCCCAGCUCUCGGGGGACACACGCCACCUUUCUGGGCUCCUCCUCGGGUCCAUGCUUUUGUGGAUGUGGCUUGUCUCUCCUUUCUGCUGCUAAACACCUCCUGGCUUUCCCCUGCUCAUCUGUCCUCCUGGGAAACUUUGGGAACCAUCACUUUGGGAAUCAUAAUGUGGGGAUUUAUGUACAAAAUGAGCUGGGGGGGGGUCAAAAAGGGGUUUAGGGGUCUGUGGUGGCCCUGCUGAACCAGUCCUGAAUCAGGUGUGAGCUUUUAAAAAUCCCUGUGGAUCCGGGAGGGGAAAAGUCUUUAGGUACCUUUUGGUAACUCUUUCUAGCCCGUAAAAAAAGUGCUUUUUGUUUUUUCUACCUUUUCAUACUCUUUUUCUAGUUCUUCUAUAGAGAAGGCCAGAUCUUCUCACACUGGACUCCAAACUUUUGGCACCUGGGAAUGUUUAUAAGCCACGAGUAGCCUAGAUGGUCCCAGCCACCCCUAAUUCUCCCAGUUUUGGUCUUUUUACUACAGCUCCUAUAGCUUUAGGAUGAAGGGCGGAUGAAGUGGUUUGCUCUGCAGCUGGUUUCACUCUUGGAGUUACCAGGCAGAGAUGUAAAAACCCCAUCCUGAGUUUCAUCUUUUCUUCUUAAUCUGAUUUAUUGUCACAGAGAGUGAAGCGCAGCCGGGCUGACCCGGGGCUCCCACCCCACCCCACCCCAAAAGUGGUUUGUAAUAAUUUUUUUAACGACUUGCCUAUUUUACAACUCGAAUUCUUAAUACCUUAGACAACAAAAUAAACCUGCAUGAAUAUGGGGGAGCGGGGAGGGGGAGAUUUUGAAUUAACCCAAACUAUUCAUUGAAGGUGUUUUACGUUGCUGGGCUUGAUUUUCUGUUGGUUGUGGUGUUGCCACCGGUGUGCUGCCAGGUAUUUCACCCCAGUAUUUCUAUUCACGCAGAUCUGCCUUUGUUAGCCAAGCAGAGAUCUCCUGCCAAGGUUGUUUCCCCUCCUCACAACAAAAAUCCCACCCAUCCCUCCAUCCCCACGCUGGAUUUCCAGCCUGGCCUCAAACGACAUUCCACUACCCCCAGGCUUUUAAAGAAAAAAAAUAUCUGGAGUACUGGAAAAAGGACUUUCAUUGUCUGCAAAGGUUGCUGGUGGCAAUUCCGUCCAUGGGUUGUCACCCUGCCAGCAGCAGGAUUUUGGGGAGGGGGUGGUUGUAGGUAAAAGCCAGUCGUGGUGUAGCGCAUCCCCAUCCCACAUGGUCUGUGUACUCGUUGGAAAUAAACUUUUGGAUUUGUUUCAA